AGGCCGGAAGAGAGCGUCGGUGGCGUGUGACGUCGCGCCGUCAAGCGAGAAAGCUGCCUCGGUGGUUGUUUUCAAUCUCCGCCGUAGCCGCGCAACGGUCCCCGGGCCUGGGCGAGAUGGAGAGCGCCAGCCAGGAUAUCAACCUUAACUCUCCCAACAAAGGUCUCCUGUCCGAUUCCAUGACCGACGUGCCCGUGGACAACCCCAGCGCCGUAGCCAUGGCUGCUCCGUCAAGGACCUUACCCUACAAUGGUCUCACCGAAGCCGAAGAGGAGGAACUCAGAGCUGAACUGGUCAAGGUGGAAGAGGAGAUUGGCACCUUGCGCCAGGUGUUGGCGGCCAAGGAGAGACACUGUGGAGAGCUGAAAAGGAAGCUGGGCUUGACCCCCCUGGAUGACCUGAAGCAAAACCUCUCCAAGAGUUGGCACGACGUCCAGGUUUCUAACGCAUAUGUUUCGGCCAGCAAUACUCUGGAGGACUGGAAUGACAAAUUAACCCAAUCAGAAGCCUAUAAGAAGACCCAGGAAACGCUGUAUCAGGCCAGCCAGAAGACCUCAGCUGCUCUUUCCAACGUGGGCUCUGCGAUCAGCCGGAAGCUCGGAGACAUGAGGAAUUCUGCAACUUUCAAGUCUUUCGAAGACAGAGUUGGAACCAUAAAGUCCAAAGUUGUGGGUGGCAAAGAUAAUGAUGGCGGCAACCAGCUCCACUCGCCGACAGCCGCUGGCGACAAGCCGCCCCAGGACAACGCGCCUUUCUAAGCCCCCCGACAAUCGUGGCGGUGCAUGGCUGCCGGAGCCCCACCCUUUGCUCUUCCCAACACGCAAGACGAAAAGAAAAAAGAAAAAAAAAAAGGAAACAAAACAAAAAAAAAAGAAGAGAAUUGCGGUCCCACUUGGAAGAGAGAGAUCCAUACAUCCCCUCUUCGCUGCUGGAACCUUCAGGUCCAAUAAAGUGAACAGACGGCUUUUUGUACACUUAUACCUAUUUUACACUAAAGGCUUCUCGAGGGAGCCCCGCUCUACGCUUCUUGUUGGAAGGGUUAAUCAGCGGGGAGGAUUCGGCCGUUUGAACCUAAAAGAAAGACCCCUUUUAGGCUUCAAGAGGCUUGUAGACACUGCCCCCCCCCCACACACUCUUUGUUCCUCCAGUUGCAAGCAGAAAUUUGAAUUUUUUUACGCAAUACGGGGAAAAAAGGGUCGUUUCAGGAGGCAUUUAAGCUGUACGCAAAACAGCCGAGUGCUCUAUGUACCCUUAACGCCAUCUUCUUGGUAUAACUAGCUAGCUAGCUUUCAGUUAUUCGAGCUCGUUUCCUUUCGGGGCAGUUAGAGUCCCCGUUGACUGCUUUGGAAACCUUGCCCCACCUCUUGUUUAGAUCGAUAAACCCUUGGGGGGGGGGCUUAAAGAUAGCCCUCCCCCUUUCCCUUCUCUUCUGGAAUUCCCAGAAUCUCCUCUUAGCCCCCAGCCGAGCCUGCCGCCCAGGCUUAUCUUAAGCUUUAAUAAAUCUCAGAAAGUUUAUUUUUUGGGGGGGUGGGGACGACGCGGGGGACUUCCAUAGCGCAUCAGCUUUUUCGCAUCGCGAUUUAGGGGGCCAUUCCCGCCUCUCAGACGCGGGAGCUGAAACACAAGCCUUACGUCACCAGCUGCUUUAAUCGUUUAUAAUCUUUUUAUAUCUCGGAAGUGUGAAGGAGGUUGUGGGUGAGGAAUCGAAGGAAAGGAAACGAAACAGGUUGAGGCAUCUUAUCGUAGAAACGGUGUCUCUUGACGUUCAUUACAGCGUGUUGCAUACAUACUCGCUUGAACGCAUGUUCUUUUUCUCUCCCUCUCUCUCGUUCCCUUCAAGUGUAGGGAAUUUGCUUUUCUGUCCUCUGGAUUUGGGUCUUGCCUUAGAAAGUCCCAGAGGCUGCGAGGGAACCCCUGGGAUUAUCAGGGCGCCCCAAAAUUCCAUUCUUUUCUUCACUCGUUGGUUCCUUCCGGGAACUUUUCGUCCCAUGUUUUUGAGAUUCUGAUGGCAGGAUUCUCUCCAUUGGCUUCUGCAGCCAUGGUGGUCGUGGGUGGCACCGCUUGGUGAUUACGUAUGGAAACACUAAUCCCUGGAGGGAAGGGUGAGAACGCGCCGUUCUCCUCCCCUUGUAGCUCGAAGGCAGAGGCGCCCCUGAGCGAUGCAGACUUUUCCAUGCCUUAGAGGCUCAGUGGGAUGGGAAGCAGCGUGCCCCACAAUAGAUACCAACUUAGCACCCAGAAAGAACGAUUGGGAGACCCUUCCUCUCUCUCCAGUCACCCGAGAAGCAAGUUUUGACACUCAAAAAUGCGGGCGAUGAAAUUCUUCUUUGUGUCCUUUUGUUGCUGUUGGCUGAAUCCCUUCCUGGCUCAGAACCUGGCUCCAGAGAGGCAGGGGAGGCUAAGGGGAGGGGUUUUUAUUGUCGUUUCUUGAGAGGGAGAUAGCCCACCUGCGUUUGGAAAAAAAUAAAUAAAUAAAAGGGAGAAUCGGUGUUGAUGCGACCGGGCGCUGCAGGACGAGGCUCAGUUGUUUCUCCUGUAAUGGGUCUGGGGGAAAUUUGUCAAUAAAAUAUUCCUUUUGGAAAAGCA